AUGGAUAUCUUUAGAGUCCUUUCAAGGGGAGCUAACGUUAAGAAAAACGACAAAAAAGUUUGCAAAGAUGUGGAUUUUAGCAUGGUAGAGAAUAAGAACAAAGAGGACGAUAAAAACCUCUCUAAAGAACUUGACUUUUUCCACAAUAAGAGAAUAGUGAAAAAAGUAGAAGAUUCGAAGAAAACUGAGGAAGAAUCCUUUGAAAAUCAAGUGCAUUCAUUAGUUGAGAAUGAGAUUGGUCAACCAAAAAUCUCCAACGCUGAAGAAGCCAUGGCUUUGCGUAAAUCCUAUAAAUCAAAUGUUACUGGUGAAGAUAUACCAUUGCCGAUCGGAUCUUUUGAAGAUCUUAUAACACGAUUUCAAUUUGAUAAACGUCUGCUGAAUAAUUUGAUUGAAAAUCAUUUCACUGAACCAACUCCCAUCCAAUCUGAAGGUAUUCCGCUGGCUCUUAACAAUCGCGAUAUCGUGGCAUGUGCUCCAACGGGUUCUGGUAAGACCUUGGCCUUUCUAAUACCUUUACUGCAGCUAAUCAUCUCUGAUGGUAAAGAUUCCAAUGGUCUAAAAGGCCUAAUUAUAUCACCAACUAAGGAACUGGCGAAUCAGAUUUUCAUAGAAUGUUCCAAAUUGGCUCAGAAGGUUUUUUUGGAUAGGAAAAGACCAUUACAAGUUGCCUUGCUGUCAAAAUCUCUUAAUGCCAAGCUUAAAAACAAGGCGGUGAGCGAUAAGAAAUACGACAUAUUAGUUACUACUCCCUUGAGAUUAAUAGACGUGGUGAAAAAUGAAGCUUUAGAUCUAUCAGGAGUGAAACACAUUAUCUUUGAUGAAGCUGAUAAGCUUUUCGACAAAACGUUCGUUGAACAGACAGAUGAUAUAUUGAGCUCCUGUAACAACCCAAAACUGCGUAAAUCAAUGUUUUCCGCAACUAUACCUUCUAAUGUAGAAGAAAUCGCUAAUAGCAUUAUGAUGGAUCCCGUAAGAGUCAUCAUCGGUCAUAAAGAUGCAGCAAAUGCCAACAUCAAGCAAGAUGUAAUUUACUGUGGUAAUGAAGAAGGGAAACUAAUUGCCAUAAGGCAAUUGGUUCAGGAAGGUGAGUUUCGUCCACCAGUUAUCAUUUUCUUGGAAUCCAUUACCAGAGCCAAGGCUCUGUACCAUGAACUGAUGUACGAUGGAUUAAAUGUGGACGUCAUUCAUGCAGAGAGAACCCAAAUUCAGAGAGAAAAGAUUAUCGAAUCUUUUAAGAGUGGCGAAUUGUGGUGUUUAAUCUGUACCGACGUUCUUGCCCGUGGUGUUGAUUUCAAAGGUGUCAAUCUUGUCAUAAACUAUGACGUGCCAAGGACGGCACAAGCUUACGUGCACAGAAUCGGUAGAACUGGUAGAGGGGGCCGCUCAGGGAAAGCAGUCACUUUUUACACAAACCUAGAUUCUUUGGCAAUCAAACCCAUCAUCAAUGUGAUGAAGCAAAGCGGUUGCGAAGUGGCCGAGUGGAUGGACAAGUUCUCAAAGAUUACUAGAAGGGAAAAGGAUAAGAUCAAGCACGGUAAAGCACAUAUUGAUAGAAAGCAAAUUAGUACAGUACCUAAAGUGGAGAGAUUAAAGAGGAAGCGUAAGCGGGAUAUGGUUGAAGCGUCUAAAAAGAGGAAACAAGAUGAAGAAUAA